AGGUGUAAGCUGUAAGUGGCCCUUACAAACCCAACAAGCUGCUGCUGCUUCAAGUUUGCCGGUGUUAGAGGCUGGUUUAAUCACCUAGUUGUGGUUGCAGGGGUUGAUUCAUAGCUCCUGGCCCCGCCUCUUCACUACAAGGCUCCUCUCGGGCAGUGCAGGAAGCUUUUAUAUUCAAGCACGAUGAGAUGCAUGAGAUGGGCAGUUGGUCCCCAUCUCUUAAAACAAACAUUACCAGUAACCAUUUCUCGACGCUUUUUACCUGAGCCAAGAAAACGAUUCUACAGGAAUGUAACAGUCGCUGGAACAGAUAGCAUUUAUGAAGUAAAUCUCGAUCAUCGCAAAUUAAAGACUCCCCUCGGAAAUGUAUUACAAGUUCCAAACUAUGGACUAGCACUUGCUAUUGCUCAUGAGUGGGCAUCUGUGAAGGAUAAAAUUCAUCCUAGUCUCCUCCAUUUGACUGGGUUGGCAUUCAGUGUCAUAGACAAUGUGAACCAUGAGACCAAGUGGAAUAUUGUCAACAAGACUCUGGAAUACCUAGUUACUGAUACACUCCUCUACCGAGACAAUGGUAUGGAAGAUUUCACUGCGAUGCAAGCUAAGGAGUGGGAUCCAGUUCUUGAUUGGUUUAAUAGAAGGUUUGAGACGGACCUGAAGCCUUGUGAUGGAAUCUUAGUGGUUGAUAUUCCUGAAUCAACUCGUGAGACCAUCAGACGUUACCUUCUUUCUUACGAUAUAUGGGCAGUUAAUGGAUUUCUGUUUGGUGUGGAAGUGCUCAAAUCUGUCAUCCUGGCGAUUGCCGCUGCAGAACGAAAAAUAUCUUCAGAAAAAGCAGUAUUUCUUUCAAGAUUGGAAACCAAUUUUCAGUUGGCUCUUUCUAAUAUACGUGAAAGUCAGUUUCAGCGUACUAAGUUGGUUGAAUUAUCAGCGGUGUUUAAAUCCUAUCGGUUUAAGAGAGUCAUUAAGCCUAUAUUUAAGGCUAUCUAA